AUGAUUUCGUCAGUUCCGAACAGCUGUCCAACUACCGACGAUUUGGCCCUCUUCCGUACCUGCUGGGAUUCUUUCUCCGCCUUGUUGUUCGGCGAUGAGGUCGCCGACGGGGGCCGGCGAGCCCCCACAGAUUGGUCAUGUGGACGGCUGGCCGAGGGGGUGAGCCCCCGGCACCGGCGACGACAUGGCCGCAACGCAGUUCCGCCAACAAGGUUUGCCUCGAAAAAGACGGAGAAAACCCUAGCCAACAAGGUUUCCCCGAUAAAGUGA